CUUGGCCCAACAUCGGGGUUCCGAGGGACCGCGGGCCGCCUCCAUCUUCCGCCGCAGGACUCCGCGGGCCGCCAGUGGACCUGCCUCCGGAGUCCUACAGUGGGAUAGCUCAGGCUACCGGGUCCCCGGCGCGCAAGGAGGGGGCGGAGCUAACGGGCCUUCACAAUGGCCAACGGGGAAACCGAGUCAGACCCAGGCCAUUUCUGAAGGUCCGAGCCAGGAGCGCCGUGUGUUUGGUGGCCGCAGGCUGGACUCGUCUCCGCCCGAGAACCCUCCUGGCGCUGCGUCUCCUCCCGGGCCGCCAAAGCACCUCGGAAGAGCCAUGUUCCAGGCUGCCGGAGCCGCCCAGACCACCCCCUCUCAUGAAGCCAAAGGCAGCAGUAGCAGCAGCACUGUGCAGCGCUCCAAGUCCUUCAGCUUGCGGGCUCAGGUGAAGGAGAUCUGUGCAGCCUGCCAGAAGACUGUGUACCCUAUGGAGCGGCUGGUGGCAGACAAGCUCAUUUUCCACAACUCUUGCUUCUGUUGCAAACACUGCCACACCAAACUCAGCCUGGGCAGUUAUGCCGCACUGCACGGGGAAUUUUACUGCAAACCUCACUUUCAGCAGCUGUUUAAGAGCAAAGGCAACUACGAUGAGGGAUUUGGUCGUAAGCAGCACAAGGAGCUCUGGACCCACAAGGAGGUGGACUCGGGCACCAAGACAGCCUGAGACCCCUGUAAUGUUCAUUCCCUCCCAGCGCAUGGCCUGCAGCUGGCCAGUGGGAAGGCAGCUCAUCUGGGCUUGGGCGAGUAGAGUGGGAAGGGAUGAGGCUUCCUCAGACAGGUUUCAGGCAUAGGGCUCUGCUCCCGGAUUCCUUACUUUUCCCAUAGGAGGUUGGGGUUGGGAACCAGAAUUGGAAUUUUUCACCAUACUGCUUCCUUCAGCCCAUCUCCCCUCACCCCACGGCUCCCAGGGAGGCCCACAAGCCCAGCUUCCCUCUUUAGGUGCCUUUUCUCCAGCAAGGAGUCAGCAUGCCCUCCUCAGGGUCCCAAGCUCCCUCACUGCCACCUGGGCCUUGUGCACACCCUUGUCUCCCCAUCUACCUCUGCCCGUAGCCUGGUCCUGAGCCACAGAGAUUGGAAGAAGAGACAGAGUGCCAUCUGCUGGGCCUCAUAGAUGCCACCUUGCUGGUUGGGGAGGAGGGCUGGAGAAGAGGCAAGACAGCCCGCACACAGCCUUGGGGUCUGGAGGCCCCUGCUGCAACAAAGCUAAAGCUCCUGCUAGGGCCUCAGCUGACAGGCUUGGCGAUAGCUAGGCUCCCCUCCUCUCCACUGUGCUGUUCUGACUGUUGUGAUCAACCCCGUUUUAAACUUGUUUAAACAGA